AUGUAUAACACCUGCCAGAUAAAAUCUUUUACUGUAUCAAAUACAAGGUUACCAGAAAUUUUGUCAUCAAAUCAUCAAGAUCAUCCAGGAAUACAUUCAGAUUUAUUUGAAAUUGCAUCAACGUCGCUUCAUUUACCUGAUACAAUUGAUGAUCAGAAUUCUUCAAAACGAGAUCAUUCACUUUAUUUACCUGAUAAAAUUAAUCUCGAUAUUGUUGAUGUUGUUGACCAAAAUCUAUCCAACCAAUAA